CCCAAAAAACCCUCCACGGAGCUGCGGAGCACAGACACCUGAGCAGAGGCACCGACAUGGAGGGCGCAGGGAACGGCUCGGACUCGUCGUACUGGAGACACUUCCCGAUGUUUUUUAACAACAACAACAACCUUAUUAACAGCAACAACAACAACGGCAGCGGCAGCGGCAGCUUCUGUGGAAACUUGACCGACGCUGUCAACGCCAGCGGCGGCUUCGCGGAGCUGAGGUGCGACGGUGAGGGGGGAUUCGACGGAGGCGACCACGGCGACGCCAACCCGGUCAUCAUCGCCAUCAUCAUCACCGCCCUCUACUCCAUCGUGUGUGCCGUGGGUCUGGUGGGGAACGUGCUGGUCAUGUACAUCAUCCUCAGAUACACUAAGAUGAAGACGGCCACCAACAUCUACAUCUUCAACCUGGCGCUGGCCGACACCAUGGUCACCAGCACUCUGCCGUUCCAGAGCGUCAACUACCUGAUGGGGACCUGGCCCUUCGGAGACGUCCUGUGCAAGAUGGUGAUGUCCAUCGACUACUACAACAUGUUCACGUCCAUCUUCACCCUCACCACCAUGAGCAUCGACCGCUACGUGGCCGUGUGUCACCCCGUGAAGGCGCUGGACUUCAGGACGCCGCGCAACGCCAAGAUCAUCAACGUCUGCAACUGGAUCCUGUCGUCGGCCAUCGGUCUGCCCGUCAUGUUCAUGGCCUCCACCGCUCACACGUCUGCCACCACUGUGGACUGUAAACUGGUUUUCCCCCACCCCUCCUGGUACUGGGACACCCUCCUGAAGAUCUGCGUCUUCAUCUUCGCCUUCAUCAUGCCCGUCCUCAUCAUCACCGUCUGCUACGGCCUAAUGAUCCUGAGGCUGAAGAGCGUGCGAAUGCUGUCGGGCUCUCAGGAGAAGGACAGGAACCUGCGUCGUAUCACGCGCAUGGUCCUGGUGGUGGUGGCCGUCUUCAUCGUCUGCUGGACGCCCAUCCACAUCUUCGUCAUCAUCACUGCCCUCAUCAACAUCCCCAGCUCCACGCUGCAGACCAUCACCUGGCACUUCUGCAUCGCCCUGGGCUACACCAACAGUAGUCUGAACCCCGUCCUCUAUGGCUACCUGGACGAGAACUUCAAGCGUUGUUUCCGUGAGUUCUGCACACCGAGUCCCUCGGUGAUCGAGAUGCAGAACUCGUCCAGGACCGGAGCCACGGGACGCAAACUCCCCCAGCGUGAACACAUCAGCGCAAACACGGGGGAAAGGUCCAAUCAGCAGGUAUGACUAGCCUUGGAGGGAUCGUCAGUGGAUUCUCGCAUUGUCAACGACGAUCUCAACUCUGAGCUGACGCAGGUGACCACAGGGCUCUGACCACACAACCAUCACCGCAGCACGUGACCCGAGGCACUACGGACUCACUGUGAUACGUCCGGACGGGGUUCAGUUUGGACCAGGAGUCUGAAACAUUAGAUGAAGUACAAAUACUUCAUACUCCUGCAGUGACAGAUACUGCGGGUUCACUUCAUUACAUUUAGCAUCUAAAAAA